AUGCGCCAUUGCAGUAGUACAUCAAUGGAGUCCAAUCUCUCUGCCUCCCUCGGCCUCCCAACGCCAGACCACCACCGUGAAAUGGCCGUUGAUUUCCCGAAUCUCUUCCCCCAAUUCUCCUCCCUGCUCAUUUCCCACCAAAACCCACAAAAACCCAUCCCUAGAACUAGAACCCUCCCUUUCGCCUCCAGUUCCAUCUCCUUAUCCACAUCCCAACAACAACCCUCCCACCACCGAACCGCCCUCACCACCCCCUCCAACCUCAAAUCCCUAAUCAGCAACCUCUCCGUCUUCGAGCGAGCCCUCAUCGGAGCCGGCGGGGGCGGACUCGCCGGCGCCUUCACCUACUUCUGCCUCCUCCCUCUCGACGCCGUCAAGACCAAGCUCCAGACCAAGGGAGCCUCCCAGAUCUACGCCGGAACCCUCGACGCCGUCGUCAAGACCUUCCACGAGAAGGGCAUCCUAGGGUUCUACCGCGGCGCCUCCGCCGUAAUCGUUGGAUCCGCUGCCUCCUCCGCGGUCUACUUCGGCACAUGUGAGUUCGGCAAAUCGAUUCUCUCCAAGCUCGAUGACUUCCCUCCCCUGCUCAUCCCUCCCACCGCCGGGGCAAUGGGCAACAUCGUCUCCUCUGCAAUCAUGGUCCCUAAAGAACUAAUCACUCAGCGGAUGCAGGCGGGAGCAAAGGGGAGGUCGUGGGAAGUUCUGGUGAAGAUUCUGGAGAAGGACGGCGUAUUGGGUCUUUACGCCGGUUACUCGGCCACAUUGCUUCGCAAUUUACCUGCUGGGGUGUUGAGUUACUCCUCGUUCGAGUACUUGAAAGCUGCGGUGUUGAGCAAGGCCAAGAAGGCGCAAUUGCAGCCAAUUGAGAGCGUGGUCUGUGGAGCAUUGGCAGGGGCGAUCUCGGCUUCUUUGACAACUCCACUUGAUGUUGUGAAGACGAGGUUGAUGACUCAGAUGAGCAGAGAAGCCAUGGGAGGGGUUGGGGACACCGUGAAGCAGAUUCUGAUGGAGGAAGGGUGGGUUGGAUUCACAAGGGGAAUGGGUCCGAGAGUGCUUCACAGUGCUUGCUUCUCGGCAAUUGGAUAUUUUGCAUUCGAGACUGCUAGGCUCGCGAUAUUGGAUCGGUAUUUGAAGCACAAGGAGUUGCAGCAGGAAUUGGAUGCUGUUGUUCCAACUUGA